AUGGAAGGGUUAAACCAGGACCUGUCAAUCUACGAGGACCUCAUCGGGCUUUUAAGGAACCUGCCUGAUCAGGAUGCUCAGGAUGUCUUGCGCCGUAUCAGAUCUGGAUCCGAUCUUAGGUCAGUUCUGAAUCAAGUCCAAGCUGGGGAUGUGCUUCUCCAGAUGGCGGUCGCGCCCGAGACUCGCCUACGAUAUGAGUUCCCCUACAGAGCGGAGAUGCCCAGAGGGUACAGCAUCAACAACCCGUAUCUGAACUCUCUAGUGUAUGAGGCAGCCUCGCUCUACUCGAAUAACCGGACUGGAGAACAAUCCGCAUCAGGGCUCCUCGCAAGUCUUGCUUCUGAGGAGCAAAGAAGCCUUUAUUUGAAGCCCUUCCAUGCAGCGCAAGUGAUUGAGCCUCUACUUUCUGAUGCCAAGCCUUCGAUAUGGACCACUGUCUGCAAAGAUGAUGAGCUCAUGCGAGGCCUGCUCAAUGUGCUCUUUCGCUGCGAGUAUCAGUUCACUGCAGCCUUCCAUAAAGACCUUCUUUUGGAGGAUAUGGCUGCAAAACGCACCGACUUUUGCUCGUCACUUCUUGUCAACGUUAUUCUUGCUUAUGCUUGUGUCUGUUACCCACGGUUCUCUGAUCGCGUUGAAUAUUGGAACCCCAGCAGCUUCAUGUACCGGUUUCUCGCCGAAGCAAAGCGUCUAUGGGAGUUGGAAGCCACCAUCGCCCGUAUCACCACAAUACAGCCCGGCAUCAUCUUCAGUGUGAUUCAUAAUCUCUCCGGACUAGAUGAGAUCGGACAGGCCUACAGAAUACAGGCGGUUGCUCUGUCGCAUCGGCUUCGCAUAUUUGAUACAGCCGUAGAAGGCCAGGGUGAAAGACUCCGUAGAGGUAGGCAGUGUACUGCUUGGGCUAUGUACAACUGGGAGACACUUUCGGCCUUUUCUUUUAUGCUCUCCCCAUUGAUCAAGAAGCCUCCGGUAUGGCCACUACCAGACCCUCUGCAGGACCCUUCAUGGUAUGGCGAAGUAUGGGUUAAAUAUCCCUUGAACCAUGGGCUUUCGUCGUCCUGUGUUAGUGAAGUGUUCCGAGCUAGGAGUCUGUUUCGAAUCAUUAUGAAUGAGUUCUGUGAAGCGGCCUACUCAGAAGGUUCAGAAGUGGACAUCGACGUAGCUUAUCAGCUGCGUGAACGAUUAGAGGAUUGGUAUAACAACCUACGAGAACCUCUGACUCCGAAGAGAAUUGUACUUCCUGGACAACUGCAAAUUCAUAUGUAUUAUUAUCACUUGCUGUUGACGAUAUUUGAGCCUCUCUUCGACGUGGCAACAACCAAAGAGCCUUCUCCUCAACAAAUUGUGGCCGGUGCUAAACGCAAUCUCCAAACCCUUGUGAGGCUCUACUAUCUACGGCACGGAUUCGAAGCGAUGGAUCUUUUCAUCGUCAUACCUCUCAUGAUCAUCGGCUACGAGGCCAUAGAUGCAAUCAAGGACGACACCCCGGGGGAAGAGACGGAAACACUGCGAUCGACCCUUAUUCUGAUUGCACAGGGCCUGUACAGCCAGCGCCGCAACCAUUAUUUAGCGCAGGCACUGUUUCGAGUCAUUCGCGGAAAAAUGCGGUCACAGGAAGUCAGCCUCUUGAAGAGCUCAAUGGCGUUGGAGAAAGACGAGGUUGAUCCCGAACCAGAGAUGGCUGUUGCUAUUCGAAGUCACUGGCCGGUGAGCGUUGUCAAAAAACAGGAAGACAUGAAGUCGCACAUUUUGGGCAAUCUUGUUGAGAAUCUUGGAAACCUGAACGUUAAAGAUAUCCCAUAG